CCCAGAAGAAGUUUUAAAUUUUGGUGAUUUAGAAACUUUAAAAGAGCAGCACCAAGAAUAUCUAAAAUCCCAAGAAACCAAUUCGGAAGCAGACGAAGCCCAAACUCUCGCUGAUGCUAUUAGAUUGUCAUUAGGCAUUUUUAACCCUGAUGAUUUGCUUCCUAAAUCCAAACUCUCCGACCAAGAACUAGAAAAAUACCUCCAAGAAAAAAGAUUAGAUUUAAAGAAGUAUUUUGUUUUCAACCUUGGUAAAGAAGUGGAAACCAUUCCCCAAACAGUUAGUGAUGUUAGUGGAGAAGUUGUUUCGGAAAAAGUUCCUAAUCUUCGGCAAGUAAAGCCCUUCUUAGCGGAACAUUUAACCCAAUUAUUCAACGAUGCAGUGGAAGCACAACCCCAAGUCAAAGUUUUUCAAAGUAAAAAAAAUGUUUUAAAGUUUUUAAGAGAGAAUGACUUUAAGUGUCAAGCGGUUUCUUGCCCGGAGGAAAUAAUUGGAGAAAAAAAUUAUUGUCUUUAUCACCAAACUUGCUUAGCAAAAUUAGAAGAAAAAAAGGAUAUUCCGAAUAUUCAAGAAAUAGAUACUUUUAAGACAAACGAAUAUACUACUUUUGCUAAUUUGGUUGGUGAACCACAAGUGAGGGUGAUUAAUUUACCUUGCGAAACGGAAACUAGAGUUGAACUUAUUGAUGCUGCUCCUUCAUUAGAUCAUCAUCAUGGAGAACCAAACUCGAUAAGCAUGCCAGUCGAGGUAGAAAUAGGGGUUCCUAAUAAAAACCCCGAUGGUUAUUUAAAACCUUUGGAUGUAGUUUGGGUAAGGAAGGCAGCACUUCCUGGAGUUCGCUAUUGGCAUGUAGGAGUUUAUUUAGGUGAUGAGCAAGUUUGUCAUUUUAGUUCAGAGAGCAAAAGAAGAGAAACGAACAGAACCAUAAUUACUGAUUGA